AUGGCAGGAUUGGCUCCCGAGGGUUCGCAAUUUGACGCUAAGCAAUAUGAUUCUAAGAUGAAUGAAUUGCUUUCUGCUGAUGGACAAGAGUUCUUCACCUCAUAUGAUGAAGUCUAUGAUAGUUUUGAUGCAAUGGGUUUACAAGAAAAUCUUUUGAGAGGCAUUUAUGCCUAUGGUUUUGAGAGGCCAUCUGCAAUACAGCAAAGGGGAAUCGUUCCUUUCUGCAAAGGUUUGGACGUGAUUCAGCAGGCUCAGUCUGGAACUGGAAAGACAGCUACAUUCUGUUCAGGAAUUUUGCAGCAACUAGAUUAUGGAUUGGUUCAGUGUCAGGCUUUGGUUUUGGCACCAACAAGGGAGCUUGCACAGCAGAUUGAGAAGGUUAUGCGAGCUCUCGGUGAUUACCUUGGUGUCAAGGUUCAUGCUUGUGUUGGUGGGACCAGUGUCCGUGAGGAUCAGCGCAUUCUCCAAGCUGGUGUACAUACUGUUGUUGGCACUCCUGGGCGUGUAUUUGACAUGCUACGUAGACAGUCUCUUCGUCCAGAUCACAUAAAGAUGUUCGUUUUGGAUGAGGCUGAUGAAAUGCUUUCACGUGGUUUCAAGGAUCAGAUCUAUGACAUCUUCCAGCUACUGCCAGGUCAAAUUCAGGUUGGAGUGUUCUCUGCCACAAUGCCACCUGAGGCCUUGGAGAUUACAAGAAAGUUCAUGAAUAAGCCAGUCAGAAUCCUGGUAAAGCGUGAUGAAUUGACCCUUGAGGGUAUCAAGCAGUUUUAUGUGAAUGUUGACAAGGAAGAAUGGAAACUGGAGACGUUAUGCGACCUUUAUGAGACUCUGGCUAUUACCCAGAGUGUUAUCUUUGUGAACACAAGGCGCAAGGUGGACUGGCUCACCGACAAGAUGCGAAGCAAUGAUCACACAGUCUCAGCUACUCAUGGAGACAUGGACCAAAACACUCGUGAUAUCAUCAUGCGUGAAUUUCGCUCUGGCUCUUCACGAGUUCUAAUCACCACUGACCUCUUGGCUCGUGGUAUUGAUGUACAGCAAGUGUCUUUGGUUAUAAACUAUGAUCUGCCUACCCAACCUGAAAAUUACCUUCACCGCAUAGGGCGAAGUGGGCGUUUUGGAAGAAAAGGUGUUGCCAUAAACUUUGUGACUCUGGAAGAUGCCAGAAUGCUGUCUGAUAUUCAGAAGUUCUACAAUGUGACUGUAGAGGAGUUGCCAUCAAAUGUUGCUGAUCUGCUCUGA